AUUAUUAGGGUUUUACAAGGGUUUCUAAUUUUCCCCCAUUUCCAUAUUAUUCCAUUACCAAAAAUCCAAAAUCAAAUCAAACCUUUCUAAAAUAAAAUUAAAACUAAAUUUCACCCAAAAAUAUUCUUAUAAUAAAAAUAUUAAGAAUAAUAAAUAUUUCCAUCACACAAAAUUCAAUUCAAUUUGAAUUAAUUGUGUGUGUAUGUGUGAAUGGAAGCACAGGUAGGACCACCGAUGUCUACCCACGGCGUUGUUGACGAUAAAACCGCCGUUAAGUUUUUACAACCACCGCCGUCGUCUCCACGUCAUCAAAAUCGACAGUCUGCCGAUAUCGGCGCCGUACCACAGCUAAUUGCCGGAGGUGUUGCCGGUGCUUUUAGUAAAACAUGUACGGCACCACUCGCUCGUCUCACUAUUCUCUUCCAGGUACAAGGUAUGCAUUCUGAUGUGUCAAUGUUGAGCAAGCCUUGUAUAUGGAAUGAGGCACUGCGUAUUGUUAAUGAAGAGGGUUUUAGAGCCUUUUGGAAAGGAAAUUUGGUUACUAUUGCUCAUCGCCUUCCUUACACAGCUGUUAACUUCCAUGCCUACGAGCAGUACAAAAAAUUGCUAAAGUCUAUCCCAGGUAUAGGGAAUAAUAGUGGCAAUGCAGCUGCAGAUGCUUGUGUGCACUUUGUAGGCGGUGGAAUGUCAGGGAUAACAGCUGCUACAGCCACAUAUCCUCUAGAUCUUGUCAGGACACGUCUUUCAGCCCAGAGAAGCAGAAUAUAUUAUAAUGGAAUCUCGCAUGCAUUCCGUACAAUUUGCAGAGAUGAGGGAUUUUUUGGCUUGUACAAGGGACUUGGAGCAACUUUAUUGGGUGUUGGACCGAGUAUUGCUAUCAGCUUUUCUGUUUAUGAAAGCUUGAGGUCGCAGUGGACAUCUCAUAGGCCGGAUGAUUCCAGUGUAUUGGUCAGUCUUGGUUGUGGCAGUCUCUCUGGCAUUGCUUCUUCAACAGCAACUUUUCCAAUAGAUCUUGUAAGGAGGAGGAAGCAGUUGGAUGGAGUGGGUGGCCGGCCCCGUGUUUACAAUACUGGGUUCCUUGGAACACUUGGGCAGAUCAUGCGGAACGAAGGCUUACGUGGUCUUUAUAGAGGGAUUCUUCCAGAGUAUUACAAAGUUGUCCCUGGUGUAGGAAUCGUAUUCAUGACAUAUGAGACACUCAAGAAGCUUCUAUCUGAUACGUCUUUAUAGGUAAUCUACACCCUUUGGACAGUCUCUUACAGAAUUCUGGUCAUUCAUGAAGCGUCUUUCGAAUAAAUAUCAUGGUGACACUCUUCUUUCGGAUGCAUAACAAAGUUGUGUAACAUUCGUGAAGCAUGGAUGCGAGCAAUGCAUGGAUGGGUCAUCAGUCUGGCAAGAAGUAAUUAUGGUUUGCGACGUUGUAUAUGGUUUUUGUUUGUUAAAGAUCAUCCACCUUAGAUUACAAACAAUCAAUUCUAAAGACUAAUAUAGAAACUUAUCGACAAUCAAACUGCAUAUAUCAUGUCUGUUUCUUAGCCACGGCGCAAUUUUGAGCAUGAAUUCAUAUAAAAGAUACGUAAGUGUUGCACAAAUAAAAAGUCAUUUUAUAAACUCAGAUGUAA